AAGAGGAGGCAACAGGUUUUUUCCCUGACACACACUCUGGCAGUCUUAGUUUCCUGGACGGACAGACCAUCAUCAGCUAAUAUCCAGUCCCAGCUAGUGCCGAUGAGAAAGCAGAUAUAGCUACAAUGCUUCGUUUCUUCUGGUCACAUCUGGGCUUUUUCUUCUUCUUCUCAUUGGUUUGCAAAUGUCAUUCCAAUAAUGACACUCCGGUCACUACCAGCAGUGGCCCCAUUAAAGGCAAAACCGUCUCGACCAGAGCUGGUUCCGUGACUGCCUAUCUGGGAAUCCCCUACGCGGAACCUCCAGUGAAGAAACUCCGUUUCCAAAAGCCCGUCCCACAUCAGCCAUGGAGUGAAGUAUUGGAGGCCACCAGUUUUGGCAACUCUUGUCCCCAGACCUAUGUUCCUGGCCUUCCUGAUAAAGACAUAUGGAUUGCCAACACACCUCUUUCAGAGGACUGUCUCUUUCUUAACAUCUGGGCACCCCACCCUCGACCGUCAACACCAGUGCCUGUCCUUGUCUGGUUCCAAGGCAUGGGCUUUAUCACUGGCACAACCUCACUAGAUAUAUAUAAUGGAGCAACCUUGUCUGCUACAGAGAAGGUCAUAGUGGCUUCCAUGAAUUACCGCUUGGGGGCGCUAGGCUUUUUGUCCUUGCCACCCUACGCUCCAGGAAAUGUGGGCUUGUGGGACCAACAUUUGGCCCUGAAGUGGCUGAAGGAGAACAUAGCAGUCUUCGGGGGUGAUCCAGCUCAGUUGACUCUAGUCGGGCAAAGUGCAGGAGCAGUUUUGGUGGGUUGCCAUCUCCUUUCCCCUCUGAGCCAGCCCCUUUUCGCUCGUGCAGUACUCCAGAGUGGCGUUCCCAAUGCCAUUUGGCCCUGGAAGACCCCCCAAGAGGCCCACACAGAUGCAAUAAUGCUCAGCAAAGAAGUGGGGUGCGCCAGAGAUAAUGACAGCGCUGUGGUGAGCUGCCUACAGGAGAUAGGCAUUGAACAGAAGAACUUCACUUCUCUGACCCUGAUCAACUCAUUGACCACCGAUGGUGAUUUCCUCCCAGGUGAAGUCCCAGAUCUGCUGGACAGUGCAAUUCUUCAGGGAAAACCAGUUCUUACUGGUGUCACUGAUGAUGAAGGGUCUGCUUUUGUAUUGCUUAUGUAUUCAAGCACAAAAACAAACGGAGGAACAUUAACAUGGGAGCAGCUUCUCCAAGGUGUGACAAUAACUAUGCGAAGAGGGACUAACAAAGAGGUUGCGCACACUGUUGCCCAGAAAUUCAGUGAAGCUAACCAUGGUCAAUACCGUUUGGCAUUUUCUCAGUAUAUGCGAGAUUAUUUCAUGGUGUGUCCCUUGGUCGAACUUGCUGAGAAGAUCAGAAAAGCUAGGAAGCCCGUGUAUGUUUACUCCUUCAGUCACCACCCUUCUGGCUCUGGAUGGCCUGAGUGGGUAGGGACGCCCCACGGAGCAGAGAUACCGUAUGUCUUUGGAACCAUGGCGUCAGCAACAAACCGAUCCAUCACAGAGGCCGAGGAAGCAUUGAGCCGUCAGACGAUGAGAUACUGGGCACAGUUUGCCAGAGGCGGGACUCCGACAAGGCCAGAGGCAGAUGAGGUACAAUGGCCCCUCUUUGACACCACAGAGCAGAACUUCUUUCACAUCAGCACAGCAGCACCCCAACUCAAACAGCUGUCACCUGUCCCACUCUGUGAUUUCCUGGCUACGCUUCCUGCAAAUGCUGUACCAUCAUAGAAAUCUCCAAAAGACCUCGAUCAUGAAUUGGGAAGUUGAACCAGGAAUAUGGAAUAUGGCAUGUGAAACCAAGAAUACAAAUUAAAUCAAGAUAUGAGCAUAAUUUAGCUGUUAUAUGAGAAGAACUAAAAUCCUAUGAAGGGGAUGGGGAGUGAUUGGCUGAGCUUUAGUUCAACAAAAAUCACUGAGUGAACCCAGUUUGCAACAGUGGCAUAUGUAUCUCAGCCUAUGGCAACUCCACUUCUUGCUCUGUCCCUUUAAGUGGUAUAAUAGAAUUGGAAUAGACCAGGGGUCUUCAAACAGCGUUCCUGGCUGAGGAAUUCUGGGAGUUGAAGUCCACAAGUCAUAAAAGGGCCAAGUUUGAAGACUAAGUAUAUUUAGCUAUGGGUGCAACUACCUUUAACUGAUUUUUAGAGGUAUAAUCAUUGGGCUUUGGGCAUCUUAAGGAAUAACCCAUAUAUCAUUUCUUCAUAUGGAGGGAAACCCUAGUAGUUAGUCCGGGUUCCAAUUUCCUGGAAAAAAUCCUAUGCUGUAUAUAGAUACAGUCUCUUUAGAAAGAGGCCAAUUAAAAAUGGGAGGUGGUAUGGAGAGUGUGAAUACAUCUAUAAGUAUGGCUGGAUUGUGCAUUUGGGUCAGCUUCACAUCUAAUACAGACACUUAAUAGCUCUAAAACUGUGGGCCACUAGUAUGAAUGACAUUGCACCCAUCUUCUGCUAGAGGUCAGCUGGGCAAUCCCAUUUUUUCCAUUACAUCUUAAUACUUUCCAUAUCAUCAUUACCAUCUUCAUCAUCAUCAUCAUCAUCAUCAUCAUCAU